AUGAAGAAGGGAAUUGACGAGCAGCUUCAACUGAUCGAUCACCUGCAGCAGCUUGGGCUGUCGUAUCACUUUAAGGAGGAUAUUAAGGAUGCUUUAUGGACAAUAUACCGUUCCAUGGAAGAGGUGAACACGUUGCUGAAGGAUAAUCUUCAUGCCACGGCUCUUAUGUUCAGGCUUCUCAGAGAACAUGGGUUUGCUGUUUCUGAAGGUGUCUUCAACCGAUUUAUAGUUGAGAAGGGCAACUUGAAAGCCAGCCUUCGCCACCAGACUGAAGGAUUGGUGAGCUUGUACGAGGCUUCCCAUCUUGCACAGGAAGGAGAGCACAUGCUGGAAGAAGCUAUAAACUUUACGACUAAACAGCUCAAGAGCCUCACGGAGGGAUCACUUGAGCCUCAUCUCAGGGAGCACGUAGCCCAUGCCUUGGAGCUUCCAUUGAACUGGAGGAUGCCGAGGUUGCAGACCAGGUGGUUCAUAGAAGCAUCCCAAAGGGAAGCGAAGAUGAACCCUGUCCUGCUUGAAUUGGCUAAGUUGGACUUCAACAGGGUUCAGAGCAUACAUCAGAGGGAACUCAGAGAAGUGUCGAGGUAUUUUGAGCUUGCUUUACUUGAAUCAUGUCAUGUACAUUCUGCCCUCGUGCAUGAAUCAGCAAACUUCAGCACAAACUUCUGGCUGUCGAUCAGAUGGUGGAGCAAUCUUGGCCUGGCGCAGAGGCUUCCAUUUUCGAGGGACAAGUUGAUGGAGAACUAA